CCAAAGUCCUGCAAAGUUUUCAUACGACUUUCAGAUGGACGUUGGGCACCGUCGCACCUGGACCUGAAAUCAAUAUAUUUUCAUAUCACGGUCGCAAUUCGUAAUCCUCCCGUAGUCAUGUUGCUAUGACACCAACGCCACAGCUCCAGGAAUUUUCACGUUCCUGCAGCUGGCUCAUCAAUGUAGAGUAUGCACCCUCCUCUCAACAAAUACCCGAACCCGUCGACUCCCUUGCAUGAUGUAACGGCACUGGGCUCCGAUAUCAAAUGAGCAGACAUGCCACUUCUGCGACAGGCCUAGAAAACCUCGUCCACUGAACAGCAAUCGCACAUUCAACAUUUUGCACCGUCAACAGGGAGUAUGCUCAUACUGACUAUGAGACCUCUAGCUGCAGAAGCUUCAACUGCUUGCUUACCUCUAAUCGUAAAUAAACAGGUGUACUCAGACUACAGUAUAUUCCCUACUGGCAAAGGUUCGCUCUGUAAUGAUUUGGAUUGUAGUUCUGGCUUCCCACUUGACCGUUAUCAAGUUGUGCCCGCGCAGCUUAGUAUCAUAAUUUUGGCUUCAUAUUAUUUUGUGAGAUAUCUGGCCGAUCUACUGACCGAGCAGCAAAGUAGCUAUUCAAUAUACACGAAUGAGUACACACAUUAG